GGGUGAGUGAACCUUGUCCCGGAGGCCUGUCACAGCAGGGACGAAGACACUGUCCUCGGCCACACUAUGGCGGGCCUGCUGUGCCUUGUCCUGCUCAGCGCCUCCCUGGCCAGCCUGCUGCUACCGGGGGGCAGUGUGUUCCUGGACCGGGACCGCGCCCACACAGUCCUGCAGAGGGUCCGGAGGGCGAACUCGUUCCUGGAGGAGAUGAAGAAGGGAAACCUGGAAAGAGAGUGCGUAGAAGAGACUUGCAACUACGAGGAGGCCCGCGAAGCCUUCGAGGACACGGAGAAGACGAAUGAAUUCUGGAAUAAAUACAAAGAUGGUGACCAGUGUGACAGCAGUCCUUGUCUGAAUCAGGGCGCCUGUAAAGACGGCCUCGGGGAGUACACAUGCACCUGUGUGGAAGGGUUUGAAGGCAAAAACUGUGAAUUACCCCUGCGCCAGCUCUGCAGCCUGGACAACGGGGACUGUGAGCAGUUCUGCAGGGAGGAGUUUAGCUCCGUGGUGUGCUCCUGCGCCAGGGGGUACGUCCUCGGGGACGACGGCAAGUCCUGUGUCUCUACAGAGCCCUUCCCCUGUGGGAAACUCACGCUGGGACGCAGCCGGAGGUCGGCCACCCCUAAGACUGAGAUCAACCUGCUGGAGCAGGACAACCCCAAAGACCUGGGCCCCACUGAGAGCCCUUCCUUCCUGCUGCAUCUCAACGAGACAGAGCCGAGCCCCGAGGAGGACGAGAAAAGCCUGGUCCGCAUCGUGGGCGGGAGGGACUGCAAGGAGGGCGAGUGCCCCUGGCAGGCUCUGCUCAUCAACGAGGAGAACGAGGGCUUCUGCGGGGGCACCAUCCUGAGCGAGCGCUACGUGCUCACGGCGGCCCACUGCCUCCACCAGGCCCAGCGGUUCAAGGUGAGGGUCGGCGACCGGGACACGGAGAAGGAGGAGGGCAAUGAGAUGGUGCACGAGGUGGAGAUGACGGUAAAGCACAGCAGGUUCGUGCGGGAGACGUACGACUUCGACAUCGCGGUGCUCAAGCUCCGGACACCCAUCAGGUUCCGCCACAACGUGGCCCCUGCCUGCCUGCCCGAGAAGGACUGGGCCGAGGCCACAUUGCUGACGCAGAAGUCGGGCAUUGUCAGCGGCUUCGGGCGCACGCACGAGCGGGGUCGCCUGUCCUCCACCCUCAAGAUGCUGGAGGUGCCCUACGUGGACCGGAGCACCUGCAAGCUGUCCAGCAGCUUUGCCAUCACCCCCAACAUGUUCUGCGCCGGCUACGAUGCGCAGCCCGAGGACGCCUGCCAGGGCGACAGCGGCGGCCCCCAUGUCACCCGCUUCAGGGACACCUACUUUGUCACCGGCAUCGUCAGCUGGGGGGAGGGGUGCGCACGCAAGGGGAAGUACGGGGUCUACACCAAGGUCACCAACUUCCUCAAGUGGAUUGAGAGGUGCAUGACAGCCAGGGCGGAGGCCCAGGUGUGAGCGCCCCAUUAAAGUCCUCCCAGCCCGA